CCCGAGGCCAGCCCCCCCGGAGUGAGCGCCGCCACCAUGGCGGACGGGGCGCCCCGGCCCCCGCUGUACCGCAGCGUCUCGUUCAAGCUGCUGGAGCGUUGGAGCGGCGGGCCCGGGCCGAAGGAGGGGGCCGCGGACCCAGCCGGGCUGCGGGGCCGCGCCUCGUGCCGGCCGGUCGCGGCCGUCCCGGGCCAGCCCUCCCGGCGCGUGUCCAAGCUGGCGUCGGGGCCCCCGGCCGCCCCCGCGCAGCCGCGCCCGCUCCGCAGUCUCUCGCCGUCGGUGCGCCAGCUCUCCCGGCGCUUCGACGCGCCGCGGCCGGACACCUCCGCCGGGGCCCGGGACGGGGGCGUCUCCCCCGGGGCCGUGGAAGAAGCGGCCGAAGGUGCCGUGCGCGGGGCCUGGCCCAGCGUCACCGAGAUGCGCAAGCUCUUCGGCGGUCCGGGCUCCAGGCGGCCCAGUGCCGAGUCGGAGGCCUCGGGGACGCCCAGCCCCGACGGGGCCGCGUGGGAACUCCCGGCCCGGGAGCCCCGACAACCACCGACGCCGCCGCCUCGGACGUGCUUCCACCUGGCGGGCCUGCGUUCUGCGCGGCCGCUGCCCGGCCCGGGGACCGAGGGGAGGCGGCGGCGGCAGCAGCAGCAACAACAGGAGCGGGCGCAGCGUCCGGCGGAUGGUUUACAUUCUUGGCAUAGCUUCUCCCAACCGCAGGCCGGGACCCGGGCCUCCCGCUCCUCCUCCUCCUCCGUGGCCUCCUAUCCUGUCAGCGGCAGCGGGGCUGCCAGCUCCAGCGAGGAGGAAGAGGAGGGCCCGCCGCCGCUGCCGCCCGGGGCGCAGAGCCCGGCCUACCACGGAGGCCUCUCCUCCGGCAGCGAAGAGGACCAAGAUGGUGAGGGCAGCCGCCGCUGGAGAGGGAGGCCGGGGCCCAGGCCUGGGAGCUCCCUCUUGGAGGAGGACUGUAAGCCAGACAGUCGUGGGUUAAAUCUGAGCAGCAUGGACCCCGUUAGGGGAGCCAGAAGCCUGGAGCCCCCAACCUCUCCCAGAGCCCCUAGCGAGGAAGGACCCCGGGAGUGGGGUGCUGCCUCACCUCCCUGUGUGCCGGGUCCCCCCCAGGAGGGACUUCGGUCUUUGUCGGACACGGUGGGGGGAGCUUUCCGCGUGGCUAAGGUGAGCUUUCCCGCCUACCUGGCCAGCCCAUCGGGCUCCUGUGGUAGCAGCCGUUAUUCCAGCACGGAGACCCUCAAGGAUGAGGACCUGUGGGCGAGCCGGGGCUCUGGGAGCUGGGGUGUGUAUCGUUCCCCUAGCUUUGGAGCUGGAGAAGGGCUCUUCCUAAGGGCCCAGGCUCGAACCCGCACCAAGGGACCCGUCGGCACCACAAGGGCAUCGAGGGAUGGAGGAUUGGAGUUGGACAAGAGGCGGCAGCGCAAGUCCCUGUCGAAUCCAGACAUUGCCUCAGAGACCCUGACGCUGCUCAGUUUCCUGCGCUCGGACCUUUCAGAGCUGAGGGUCCGAAAGGCUGCUGGGCGCCCCGGGGACCUCGGGAGUAGCCCCUUAGAUGGCAGAGACUCACCGUCAGCAGGUGGCGUGGGGGGGCAACUUGGGCCCAUGGCCCCAGCAGCCCCAGCAGCCCCUGGCACCCGCCCCACACUCAAGGAUUUGACAGCCACCCUUCGAAGGACGAAGUCAUUUACCUGCUCCGAGAAGCCCGUGGCCCGCCGUCAACCCCGCGCCGGUUCCCUGAAGCCCAGCUCCUCUGAGCUCCUGCUGGCAGACCCCGGUGCCGAGGAGGACCCGCUGCCCCUCGUUGUGCAGGAUCAGUAUGUCCAAGAGGCCCGUCAGGUUUUUGAGAAGAUCCAGCGCAUGGGUGCCCAGCAGGAUGAUGGAAGUGAUAUCCCCCCUGGGAGCCCCGAGUGGGCAGGGGACAUGACCCAAGGGCAGCGGUCCCAGGAGGAGCUCUCCGGCCCUGAAUCCAGCCUGACUGAUGAGGGCAUUGGGGCAGACCCUGAGCCUCCUGUUUCAGCCUUUUGCAGCCUGGGCACCACAGGGGUAUGGCGACCGCUUCACUCGCCUUCAGCCCAGACCAGCCACCUCCCUGGGACUGAAGACAGUGUGGGAGGGUGGUCCCUGGUGGCUCCUGAUACUCCUCCCACACCAGGUGCCCUCCGCAGGAGACGGAAAGCCCCACCUUCAGGCCCUGGUGGGACUGAACUGAGCAAUGGGGAGGCAGGGGAGGCCUACCGGUCUCUAAGUGACCCAAUUCCACAGCGCCACCGGGCUGCCACCUCUGAGGAGCCCGCUGGGUUUUCUGUGGAUAGCAACCUCCUGGGCUCACUGAGCCCCAAAACAGGGCUUCCAGUAGCCCCAGCUGUGGAUGAGGGCUUGACCAGCGGCCACAGUGACUGGUCUGUGGGCAGUGAAGAGAGCAAGGGAUACCAGGAGGUCAUGCAGAGCAUUGUUCAAGAGCCUGGUGCCUUGGGGCGUGUGGUGGACGACAGGGUGACUGGCAAAGCCCCCAAGAAGAAAUCUUUGAGUGACCCCAGCCGCCGUGGGGAGCUGGCAGGGCCUGGAUUUGAGGGCCCUGGAGGGGAGCCCAUCCGAGAGGUUGAGCCCACGCUGCCUCCGUCCAGCAGUGAGCCCAUUCUUGCAGAUGGACAGGCAGAACCGGAAGAGCCCAGUCCUGCCAGGGGCCGGGCACAGUCUGAGGUGGCUCUGCCUGAACCCCUGUCUACCUGCCCCAGCGCCCACCAUGACUUCCACCUGGACCCUAAACUGGCUGAUGUUCUGUCCCCGCGGCUCAUCCGCCGUGGCUCCAAGAAGCGCCCAGCCCGGAGCAGUCAUCAGGAGCUGCCGCGAGAGGAGGGCAGUCAGGCCCGACCCUCCUCCAAACAUGUUCGCCAUGCCAGCGUGCCUGCCACCUUCACCCCUAUCGUGGUGCCUGAGCCACCCACUUCUGUCGGCCCCCCAGUGGCUGUGCCAGAGCCCAUGGGCUUUCCUGCCCGCGCCCACCCCACAUUGCAGGCACCCUCCCUCGAGGAUGUCACUAAGCAGUACAUGCUGACCCUCCGCUCUGGCGAGGUGCCUGCCCCAGUGCCAGUGCCAGUGGAUAUGCCAUGCUUGACUCCAGUGGUUGCACCGCCCUCUGCUGAGGCCAAGCCCCCGGAGGCAACCCGGACUCCAGAAGAGCCUGCCCCGGCCAGCAAGUGCUUCAGCAAGCCGCAGGUGGACAUGCGGAAGCACGUGACCAUGACCCUGCUGGACACGGAGCAGUCAUACGUGGAGUCGCUGCGCACCCUGAUGCAGGGCUACAUGCAGCCACUGAAGCAGCCAGAGAACUCCUUGCUGUGUGACCCAUCGCUGGUGGACGAGAUUUUCGACCAGAUCCCGGAGCUCCUGGAGCACCACGAGCAGUUCCUGGAGCAGGUGCGGCACUGCGUGCAGACCUGGCACGCCCAGCAGAAGGUGGGAGACCUGCUCAUCCAGUCGUUCUCCAAGGAAGUCCUGGUCAACAUCUAUUCUGCCUACAUUGAUAACUUUCUCAACGCGAAGGAUGCUGUGCGUGUGGCUAAGGAGGCGAGGCCUGCCUUUCUCAAGUUCCUGGAGCAAAGCAUGCGUGAGAACAAGGAGAAGCAGGCGCUGUCCGACCUCAUGAUCAAGCCCGUGCAGCGGAUCCCACGCUAUGAGCUUCUGGUGAAGGACCUCCUGAAGCACACCCCUGAGGACCACCCGGACCACCCGCUCCUGCUGGACGCACAGCGGAACAUCAAGCAGGUGGCUGAACGCAUCAACAAGGGCGUGCGGAGUGCCGAGGAGGCAGAGCGGCACGCCCGCGUGCUGCAGGAGAUCGAGGCUCACAUCGAGGGCAUGGAGGAUCUCCAGGCCCCACAGCGGCGGUUCCUGAGGCAGGAGAUGGUCAUUGAAGUGAAGGCAGUCGGCGGCAAGAAGGACCGGUCCCUCUUUCUGUUCACGGACCUCAUCGUCUGCACCACCCUGAAGCGGAAGUCGGGCUCCCUGCGGCGCAGCUCCAUGAGUCUGUACACGGCAGCCAGCGUCAUCGACACGGCCAGCAAAUACAAGCUGCUGUGGAAGCUGCCGCUGGAAGACGCAGACAUCAUCAAAGGAGCAACCCAGGCCACCAAUCGGGAGAACAUCCAGAAGGCCAUCAGCCGCCUAGACGAGGACCUGACCACCCUGAGCCAGAUGAGCAAGCUCUCUGAGAGCCUCGGUUUCCCCCACCAGAGCCUGGACGACGUGCUUCGGGACCUCUCGGCCGCCAUGCACCGGGACCUGUCCGAGAAGCAGGCGCUGUGCUAUGCGCUUUCCUUCCCCCCGACCAAGCUGGAGCUGUGUACCACGCGGCCCGAGGGCACGGACUCCUUCAUCUUCGAGUUCCCCCACCCUGACGCCCGCCUUGGCUUUGAGCAGGCCUUCGAUGAGGCCAAGAGGAAGCUGGCAUCCAGCAAAAGCUGCCUAGACCCUGAGUUCCUGAAGGCCAUCCCCAUCAUGAAAACACGCAGUGGCAUGCAGUUCUCCUGUGCGGCCCCAACCCUGAGCAGCUGCCCAGAGCCCGCGCCGGAGGUGUGGGUGUGCAACAGUGACGGCUACGUGGGCCAGGUGUGCCUGCUGAGCCUGCGCGCCGAGCCUGACGUGGAGGCCUGCAUCGCCGUCUGCUCCGCUCGCAUCCUCUGCAUUGGGGCGGUGCCCGGCCUGCAGCCCCACUGCCAACGGGAGCGGCCUGCAUCACUGAGGACCCCCCAGGAGUCGGCACCUGAGCCUGCUGGGCCAGAACUGGAAGUCGAGGCUGCAGACGAGGAAGCAGGGAUGCUGGCAGAGUCAGGGCCCCAGCCCUGCCUACACAUCUCCAUUGCCGGAUCGGGCCUCGAGAUGGCACCAGGCCCUGCUGAGGGUGACCCCCGCCCGGAAUUGGUGCCCUUUGACAGUGACUCGGACGAUGAGUCUUCGCCCAGCCCCUCCGGGACCCUGCAGAGCCAGGCCAGCCGGUCCACCAUCUCCUCUAGCUUUGGCAAUGAGGAGACCCCCAGCUCCAAGGAGGCCAUGGCAGAGACGACCAGUUCAGAGGAGGAGCAGGAGCCUGGCUUCCUGCCACUGUCUGGCUCCUUCGGGCCUGGCGGCCCCUGCGGCACCAGCCCAAUGGAUGGGCGAGCCCUUCGCCGCUCCAGCCGUGGCUCCUUCACCAGGGGCAGCCUCGAGGACCUGCUGAGCGUGGACCCUGAGGCCUAUCAGAGCUCCGUGUGGCUGGGCACUGAGGAUGGCUGUGUCCACGUGUACCAGUCCUCCGACAGCAUCCGUGACCGCAGGAACAGCAUGAAGCUCCAACACGCAGCCUCGGUGACCUGCAUCCUGUACCUGAACAACCAGGUGUUUGUGUCUCUGGCUAAUGGGGAACUUGUGGUCUACCAAAGAGAAGCAGGUCGUUUCUGGGACCCCCAAAACUUCAAAUCUGUGACCUUGGGUGCUCAGGGGAGCCCCAUCACCAAGAUGGUGUCUGUGGGCGGGCGGCUAUGGUGUGGCUGCCAGAACCGAGUCCUGGUCCUCAACCCUGACACCCUGCAGCUGGAGCACACGUUCUACGUGGGGCAGGAUCCCAGCCGCAGCGUGGCGUGCAUGGUGGACUCCAGCCUGGGCGUGUGGGUGACUUUGAAAGGUAGUGCCCAUGUGUGUCUCUACCAUCCAGACACUUUUGAGCAGCUGGCAGAGGUCGACGUCACUCCUCCCGUGCACAGGAUGCUGGCAGGCUCGGACGCCAUCAUCCGGCAGCACAAGGCUGCCUGCCUGCGGAUCACAGCGCUGCUGGUGUGUGAAGAGCUGCUGUGGGUGGGCACCAGUGCCGGCGUCGUGCUCACCAUGCCCACCUCGCCCAGUACCGUCAGCUGCCCACGCGCACCCCUCAGCCCUGCUGGCCUGGGCCAGGGACACACUGGCCACGUCCGUUUCCUGGCUGCUGUCCAGCUGCCAGAUGGCUUUAACCUGCUCUGCCCCAGCCCGCCACCUCCCCCAGACACAGGCCCCGAGAAGCUGCCGUCGCUGGAGCACCGGGACUCCCCUCGGCACCGAGGACCCCCCUCGGCCAGGCCAAAAAUGCUGGUUAUCAGUGGAGGCGACGGCUAUGAGGACUUCAGACUCAGCAGUGGGGGCGGCGGCAGCAGCGAGACCGUGGGCCGCGAUGACAGCACGAACCACCUCCUCCUAUGGAGGGUGUGACCCUGUCCAGAUGGCUCAGGACGUGGCCACCCACCUGCCCUCAGCCUGCUUGCCUCUUCCUGACCCACACGCAGACUGCCCAGAGUGUCCAACGGGGCACACCUGUGCCGCUGGGCUCCUCCCAUUUCCGCGGAAGCGUCCUGAUGGAGCACCUGCUGGCCAGUGGGCCAAGGCCUUUCCUGACCCUCUGGCUGCUCCCGUGCUCCUGGUCAUGAUGGGGGCUGGGUGGGGGGCACGAGGGCUACCCAGACCUCUGUCCCUGGAGCUUCUACCAAAGACACGGCGAGGCCUGGACCCCAGGGGGCUGGGGAGGGCCAUGUGCAAUAUUUGGAGGGUUUUCUGGGGCAGUGGGAGGGCUGGGGGAUGGAAUCCUUUCCCAUGUACAGUAUUUAUGUUUCUUUUUAGAUGUGUACCUUCCCAAGCACUUAUUUAUGCAAUGACCUAGGGCAGGGAGUGAUUGGAGGAAAUGACAGAAGGAAAAGAAACCUAUUCCUGCCCUGGGGGGCCACCCAGGACCCUAACCAAGCCUUCCUGGAGGGACCAACCCCCCCUCAUUAAAUACAUGUGCGCGCGUGC